AGUGACCCCACUCGCUCUGUCUAAGCAUUGGCCCCUAUUGGUCACACCAAUUUUUAAAUACUACGAAGUCCAGACGACAUCUGAGAAAGUAACGGAACUAAGAGAACCCUACUCGCUCUCUUUGCACUCUGAUCUCUCUCUCCCCCCAUGAAGACGAAGCCCACUGCUCUGCAACUGCCCAAAUUCAAAAACCCCAUCUCACAGUACGCCCUUCUCGUCCUCCUCUCGCUAGCCGCCACCUCAUCAUCAUCUCCAUCUUCAUCCUCUCGCCUAAAGCCUCCUCCUCUUCCCAUUUUGCCCCUGCCCUCCUCGCCUCAGCUCUCAUGGCAGCUAGGGGACAUGGCCCUCUUCCUUCACUUCGGACCCAACACCUUCACGGACUCCGAAUGGGGCUCCGGUCAGGCCGACCCGUCCGUAUUUAACCCCACCCGGCUCAACGCCUCCCAAUGGGUCUGGGUCGCCAAGGAGUCGGGCUUCUCGCGCUUGAUCCUCACCGCCAAACACCACGAUGGUUUCUGCCUUUGGCCGACAGAGUACACCGACUACUCCGUGCGCUCGAGUCCUUGGAGGAACGGCGGCGGCGAUGUGGUUGCGGACCUUGCUAAGGCCGCUAGGGAUGCCGGCAUCGGAUUGGGGCUCUACCUCUCGCCUUGGGAUCGUCACGAGCUGUGUUACGGGAAGACGUUGGAGUACAAUGAGUUCUACACGGGGCAGAUGACCGAGUUGCUCACCCGGUAUGGAGAGGUGAAAGAGGUAUGGUUGGAUGGUGCAAAAGGGGAGGGGGAGAAGGAGAUGGAGUAUUUAUUUGAUUCUUGGUUUAGUCUCAUUCAUCAGCAUCAGCCUGGGGCUGUCAUUUUUUCUGAUGCUGGUCCUGAUACCAGGUGGAUUGGAGAUGAGGCUGGUGUUGCCAGCUCUACUUGCUGGUCUCUUUUUAAUAGGAGUAAUGCAAAAAUUGGCGGAACUGAUCCCGAAUAUUCACGUGGAGGAGACCCUUCUGGUCAUGAUUGGGUACCUGCUGAAUGUGAUGUCUCCAUCAGACCUGGUUGGUUUUGGCAUAAAUCAGAAGUUCCAAAAUCUGCGGGGACUCUUCUAGACAUAUUCUACAAAUCUGUUGGCAGAAACUGCCUAUUGUUGCUAAAUGUUCCCCCAAACUCUUUGGGUCUUAUAUCAGAUGAAGAUAUUCAAGUGCUCCAAGAGUUCAACAAGCUCCGGAGCUCUAUAUUCUCCCAAAAUCUGGCCAAGAAUGCUCAUAUUAAUGCCAGCAGUACACGAGGUGGAAUAGGUGAUUCUCGUUUCGAUUCUCAUCAUGUCAUUGAGGAAGGAAUCUACACCUAUUGGGCUCCUGAGGAGUAUCAGCCAGACUGGGUUAUAUAUUUAGACCUUCAAGAACUUGUGUCUUUCAACAUUUUACAAGUUCAGGAGCCAAUCCACAUGGGUCAGCGUGUUAUUGAGUUUCAUCUCGAUAUUUUGAAUAAAGCAGGAAAAUGGCAAAAAGUGAGUAGUGGCACAACUGUAGGAUACCGGAGGCUGCUGCAAUUUCCCAAGGUGGAAUCAAAUUGUUUGAGGUUUGUUAUUGACAAGUCUCGGGCAGACCCAUUAAUUUCUUAUUUAGGAAUUUAUAUGGACCCCUUUUCAAUUAUGACCAACAUUUCUGAUAUAAGCCUGCAAAAUUUCAACGACAGCCUGAUUGUUCAGCAAAGUACACAGUAUCAUUCUCAAGUUGCCAGGGACUAAGUUUUUUAAGGGUUGAUAAAAACCUCCAUUUCAAGAAAAUAAGUCAUGAUUCUACUCAUUUGACCAUGGAUUGAGCAGGCAUCUGUAUAUUUGUAUGAGAAUUCACAAGAUUCUGAGCAAGGCAUUUGUAUAGGUCUUCGAAAGCCUUUUCUGUUUUCAUAUUUUUCAAAAGUUUGCAGCGAAUGGGACUUGUCAAAUUAUUGCCAGUGUAAAGUUUCUAUUGUUAUGUGAUUCAAUUUUCUUGCGAAGUUGGUGGCCAAUGGAACUUUUUAUUGCUAUGUAAAGAACAGAUUAAUUUUUAAUGAUUCAAUUUUUAAAGGUUA